UUUUCCACUCUCCCCCAGCCUUGCAGUUGAGUUGAGGACCCACAGUGCAGGGUGUUAAUGGGGAAGAGGUCGGAUGACAGCUGGGACUGUGGUCAUCACCGGCGGAAUAUUAGCAACUGUCAUAUUACUGUGCAUUAUAGCUGUUCUCUGCUACUGCAGGCUUCAGUAUUACUGCUGCAAGAAGGAUGAAUCGGAAGAGGAUGGCGACGAGCCGGACUUCCCUGCGGACUCCCACAUCCCCCCCCUGCACUGCAACCGCAACGUGGCUCUGACCAAUGGCCCUUCCUUGUACCGCUCCCCGUACAAGAAGCCCUCCCAGUCCUGGACUGCCUGCCCCAGCUGCGCCCAGUAUGAGCCGCCCACGUUCUUCCUUCAGGAGCCAGAAGAGGAGGUCCGCAACGGGGGUGACCUGGUCAACUACAAGGCCAUCAGCCAAGAGGACCUGGAGCUGCCCGUCGGCCUGAGCGGCGGCCUCCAGGCGCUCAACCCGAACCGGCUCUCCGCCAUGCGCGAAGCGUUUUCCCGCAGCCGCAGCAUCAGCACGGAUGUCUGACCGGCCUUGCCCCCAGCCCAGGGGGCGCCUGCUAAAGGCCCCCCCGCCUCCCUCGGGCUCAAGGGUCGGCUGAAGGCGCUGCUCUUUUGAAGAAAGGGAAUCGCCUUUUGGAACGAGGAACGUACUUCUGCGCUCCCAGGUGUCUUCCUCUCUAGCGCGGUCCCAGCAGGACGGGGCGAGGGGUGCGGCUGCGUCGACAGAGGUUUUCUAGAACCCGGUAUUAGCAGCUAUUACUUUCUUCCUGUAGAUGAGGUUUUUGAUACCGGACAUCCUUUUGUAUGAAUAUGCAAAAUAGUUAGCCCCUCCUAAGCCUGCCCACGGGUGUUGCCUCUGCUCUCCCCGAUUGGCUGGGUGUAGGACGGGGGAGGGCAGGGGGAACGAGGCUGCCAGAUGCAGACUUGUCUUCGUGCGUAAUGCAAACCAGAACCUGUCUCACUCUUUUCUCUGCAGCAGCCCCACCCUCCAGCGUAUGAAAGCCUUGGACGCCAUCCCUGAAGCCCUUCCUUCCCAAAGUCGCUAUCAAAGAGGCAUUUUUAGUAUGACAGAAGCAGCUUGCUACGUCCAUGGCAGGUAACCCUGUCAGCUACAUCCACCUGCAAACAGGAUGAGCCUGGCUUUGGUCUGUCCUUGCCUUGCUCGCUCCUGCUCUCCUGGUCCUGCCUACUUUCUGGGCCUCAACAGGGGGGCUGCUGAGGGCCACCAAAGUGCGUGGGCUGCAUCUGUCGGGAGUGGGAUUUUCCUGUUUUUGAAAGGUGAUGGUGCCUGCUUUAGGACUUCAUCUAUCUCAUCUCCAACUAGAACAAUCUGUGCUCUACGAGUUUUUGCCAGGCAUGGAGGCCAGCCUGCUGUGCUUUGUGCUUCCAUGGCUGUCCUGCACUUUUCUGUUCCAGAAGCCUCCUGGCUUCCCCCCUCAGUGCUGAAGAAGCCAGAUGCCCAGUAGGUGGGUACAAGUCACUCCUGCAGGCACAGGUGCAUUUCUUUUAUUGAGGACAGAAAUUCUGUAGGUUAGAGCUCCCAGUUGUUUAAAAUAGAGACCUUCAUAAUGGUGUGUGACAGAAGGCAGUCUCAGAUCAACCUCCAGGAAAAGUGGGAGCCUGGCUAGGUUGGGAUGUCAGAAUGGAGACAGGCUCAAAAGGCAGUUCAGAUUGCAUUCAGAUUCUAGCUGAAAUGGUGAAGGAACCCCAUGCUGGCCCACACCACUGCUUCACCAGGCCUUUGGGUCUGGAGGCAACUCCAUGGUGCCCAAAGCAAAACCAUUCCCGCAGGUGAAACUGCAGGACCUCUGUCAGUGUGUUGGGGUAACGUGAUUGUUGUAAACCAGUGGUGCUCACGAGUCACAUGCUAGGGAUGACGGAAGCCCAACAUGUCAGAAGAAUACCAGGUUACGGCACUUUGGGCUCAAACUGUUCAAUCUCCUUGAGUGGGAGCAGGGAAGUAGGAAUCCAGGAGGCAAAGUACCAUCUUAAAACAAGCCAGAAAUCUUUAAGGAAGUGGGUACCAUUUCAGUGACAAGUCACUGAGCAUUACAGCUCAGCAUCUCCUACAGAACCGGGAUCCAGGUGGACUUUUUUCCAGCUAGUUUGAAAUUAAUUUUCAUAUCUUGCUUUGGCUGCAUCCGAUAAAAUGCAUUCAUGUUGCUCUGUCUUAAGUGAUCUGUACUAGUUGCUGCUUCCACAAAACUAUUUUGUAUAAUUCUUCUUAAAAUUUGUAUUUGUUUCAGUGGCACUCUUAAAAAUGCUACAACUUGUUGCUUUUCAGUAUGGCUAUUUAUUUUUUUCCCCUUGUAUAUCUUUGAAAUAAAUUCAAACUAUUUCAUGAAUUUUCAUUUACCUUUACUUGUGAUAAACAUAUACAGGACUUCUGGAUUCCGAAAAUAAAAAAAAGAAACUUACCUUGACUUGGUUAUCAAAUGGAGUGUUUUCUUUCACGAUAUUUAAGAAAGACACAACAGGUCUGAGGGAGUUCCCACCAUCCCUUUUAUUGCCUACAAGCAGGGAGAGGCAAAGGUGGGAGCCCUUUUUAGAGC